AUGGAGGAAGAGGGAGAUAAUAUCAACAACAAUGAAGACAGCGAUGUUGAAAUCAUACCAGAAACAAUGACCUCUGACAGCGAUGGUCCUACUGUACAGGAGGAUGACACAAACGUUAUUCAAAAUUCUCCUUUUAUCGGUCAGGAAUUCAAUCAUUUUGAGGAUGCAUAUGUGUUCUACAACAACUAUGCUAAGAGUUGGGGGUUUUCUGUCCGUCGCUCAAGGAAGGUUAAGAACGUCAAGGGAGAGGUAACAAGUGCAGCCUUCGUGUGUUCUUGUCAGGGAGUUCGAGAAGCACAUAAAGGUCCACAAAAGAGGGAGUCGCCUAUGGAGAUCAGAUUUCAGUGCAUGGCUAUGUUUCGUGUGAGCUUGAACAAGACAAGCAAUAAGUGGGUGGCUGAUAUAUUAAACUCACAGCACACUCAUGACCAAGUUAGGCAGAAUCAGGUACAUUACUUGAGGUCGCAUCGAGGAUUAACAGAAGCAGACAAGGCAGACCUCCGAUUUAAAAAGGAUGCCGGAAUGAAACCUUCUCAGGCCAUUAAGCUUGCUGUGCAUUGUGUUGGAGGGCAUGACAAACUUGGGUAUACAGUUAAAGAUGGGUUAAAAUUCAGCACCAAAGACCGCGCUGAGAGAAUCAGCGAGGGUGAUGCAGCAACUGCACUGGCCUAUCUAGAAUCAAAGAAAAGCACAGACCCACACUUCCUCCUCCGAUACACUACUGAUGAGGAAAAAAGGCUCCAUUUUUUUAUUUUGGGCUGA